GUUGGGCGUUCUCUCCUCACCUCACUGAAUUAAGUUUCAACCCCCAUCUUACUAAAACCUAUCUAGUGAUCUACCUGGCUGGGUGAUUUACGCCCCUUAUCCUGUGAUCUUCAUUGUAAGGAGUGGCAAUGAAAGAUAAUUAGGUUCCGUCCUUCAUACCCUGCAUACAUCAUCGGAAGUAUCUCCGUACGUCGAGAGUAAACUCAAUAACAUUAGUGUAUUGUGUGCCAUCCAUGUCCUCGUCAAAUGGGCAACAAAAUAUCAAAUAGUUCUCUGAAUAUCACAAUUACACGGUUUUAUAAGUAAUAACGAAAGCUGUAUGAUGCAUCUACUUCCGACUGAUUGUUAGUCCAGGUUGAGUGUAUUUGAUCUUAAACUGCCAGCCAUUGGAUUCCAUUUGGUCUCCGAAAUCGAUAUUAAACAUGUUUCUUUAACAUCUUCUCAAUUCGAUUGAAUGGACUGGCAAAUCGAAACUUUGGAAAGAUGCUUCCGCACCAAGACCUGGCUCAGAAGAUCCGCACUGCACUACUUUACCGUCCUUACAUCUGCCGCUCAAAACUUAUUUGAUAUAAAAAUGUUCGACCCCAGGCGCUUGGCGCUAUAUUUCGGGCGUCAUCUAGCAUAUACGCUUAUAUGCCUUACCCCAAAUAUCCCUUUCCGUCUGGUGAUCGUCCAAAUAGCCAUUCGACGUCAGCGGCACUAAUGUGCCAGCCAUUGAUUGUUGUGGCCCUGUAGUGCAGGCCCCCCAUCUUAUUUUCCAAGAGAUCAACAUUAAAAUGAAGAUUUAGACUACUUGUGCCCGUGUCAAUCUUUUGUGGACAUCGAUUCUCAGUGAAUAUUGCGAUGAAUUCAUCGUUCGUCCUGGUCUAAUUAGGCGAGAGAAAGCAAAUCAACUGCCUCUUAUAUGUCGGCCUGGUUCUCGGAGCUGAGGAAUGUCUGCUGUGUUGUCGAUUCUGUGGAGAUAUUCAAGUGUGAGGAUAUGGAAAUAUAAGUGCCUUGGUUUCCCUUCUCCUUUUUCUUAACAACCUCGUACUCACAACAACUCCAUCCUUCAUCAAUUCAUUUACCUCAUAUCUUCCUCAUCAAAUCAAAAAUUCAUAGACUUCAACAUAAACAUACAACCAUGAAGGUAGCAACUAUUGUUGCCCUACUGGCAUUUACCGCGACUGAAGUCGCCGCGUAUCCUCGAUUGGCUGCCGAACAUGCCGAAAGACUCGCGAAAUCUCAACUUGGCAAGCGAAGUACAGCUGCUCGUGACCCACUUCAAAAGAGAGCCAGUUUCGAUGCUGCAUCGCAGUACGUUAGCACGACAGGAAAGUAUGCUUUUGUGCCACCAAACUUCGGCGCAGGAGACGUUAGAGGACCUUGUCCAGGAUUGAAUGCUGCCGCGAAUCAUGGAUACAUCCCCCACAGCGGAGUAGGUACUAUAGGCGACUUUAUCGAUGGUACCAAUAGGGCAUUCGGCAUGUCUUUGGACCUUGGAACGUUUCUUGCUGUUUUUGGCGCCGUGUUUGAUGGCAACUUGCUAACUUGGUCAAUUGGUGGACCAACAGCUAAAGUUGGCCUUCCCUUGGGCAAUCUUUUGGGUCUUACUGGAACUCCUCGAGGCAUUUCUGGCUCCCACAAUAAGUACGAAUCUGACACUUCUCCAACUCGCCCGGAUCUUUGGUUAGCUGGACAAUCCUACAAUCUUGAAGUUCCACUAUUUCAGAAGUACUACGAUGCUUUGGUCGAGGGUGUUGGUGCCGACGAACAAUAUCAGAAGCUUCUCGACUUCAGAAUUGACCGCUUCAAUAACUCUAUUACAACCAACCCCUACUUCUUCUCUUCGCCUUUUGCGGGAGUUCUCGUUUCUCCCGCCGGCUAUAAUUUCCCAGUCCGAAUGAUGUCCAACAAGUCUGCAGAAUUUCCGGAGGGCUCAUUGACUAAGAAAGAUUUGAUGUCCUUCUUUGCCAUCACAGGCGAGUCUGGCAGCUUUCAAUAUAAAGUCGGCAAUGAACGUAUUCCAGACAAUUGGUACAAGAGAGCUAUCGGUGAUGAGUAUACUAUCGCUGGUUUCCUUGCCGAUGUUGUUGAUUUUGCUUUGCAAUAUCCACCUCUUCUUGAUAUUGGUGGAAACAUGGGAUCGCCCAACACUUUUGCACCUGUCAAUCUUGGAUCUUUGACUAAGGGUGUCUUUCAAACUGGAUCCUUGCUCGAGGGAAACAACUUAGAAUGUUUCGUUUUCCAAGCCUCACAAGCAGCGCUCCCGGAUAUUGUUGGCGGUGCUAUUGGGAAUCUCGCGAAUACUAUAAAGCCAUUUACCGAUGUUGUUACUCAACAGCUUGGUGGCUUGGGCUGCCCGCAAUUACAAGGCAUUGAUCAAAGUCAAUUCUCCAAGUUCCCGGGAUACACCAAUUGCAAGAAUGGAUGCAUGAAAUACUAGAUGGAUUUGAAAGCAAGCGCUGUAUGAUAGGAAGGAAACAUUCUAAUGCUAAUGUAACGAUUUAUGAUUGCGUGGAAGAUGAUGGGGAACUUUGGAGCGAAAUAUAUUGAUUUUUGCGUGUUAUAAUCUCUGUAAAUCAGUGGAAAUCACUAAUUGAAUGUACCUACCUUUCUUGAGACCUGUUUUCCCAACAGCACACUUAUUUGAGUGUCAAUCUUGCA